AGCUUUAUGUUUUACCAUCUGACAGGAUUCUGAUAAUUCUUAAGAGGCAAGAUAAUGCAAUUACAAGCUAUAUUAAUGUCGAUGAUUUUCCAAAAUUUCGCAUUUUCUAAGAUUUCUAAGAAGAAGAUAUAUUAUUAACAAGAGGAAGAAAUUUAUGCUUCUUAAAUGCCCUCGUUUCGCAAUCGCUUUCAAUAGCUAUGAAAGAAACGUGAUAUCAUUGCGAUGAUGCUCACGUACUUUAUCAAUUUCAUCUACAGAAUGCAAAGCCCAAUUGGGACAGGUCAUACCUCUUGUUACACUCUGCACCAAGGACCUUUUCGAUGCGAUCACGUACGAUUAUUAAUAUAAUACUCUCGUUGUUAAAUAUAUUAUCACGUUCCUUCUGUAAUUCUUUCCUCCUUUUGCAAAUCAACGGGCAAAUUAGAAUUUGAGAUCUGAAUGUGAAUUCAUGCACAUCUGUGAUACUUGGCGAAUUCCAUUCAAUCGAUUGUGCAAUUUUCACUGACGAUCCCAAUGUCAGCGACUUCAAUUCGAGCGCAAUUUCAAGCGUUUAACAUCUCGUGAAUUCGACUGAAUUGAUCGUACGAUUUUCAAUGACGAUCGAGUCGAUAUCGCGGAGCAGGACAAGAGAACUUGACGAGGUUGCGACAGCCGCCUCAGCCACGUAGAGAUGAAGACGGGCCAAGCUGAUACUGGGAGAUGUGGGAUCAGCUGCCGGAGCUGAUACUGACGCAGAUAUUUAGUCACCUCGGCCAUGGAGAUCGUGCGAAUGUCGCACAAGUCUGUCGACUAUGGAACCGUGCACUUUCGUCGCCAGUUCUUUGGCGUUCCGUCACAGUCUUCAUCGAUCGUGAUCUGCGUGGUGACUUCCCUUUGGCGGGAGAACUAACCGCCAAAUAUUGGCAGCAUAUACGAUGCCUGGAACUUGCCUGGUCACGACCGUACCUCUUGCCAAGAGAAGCUCGCAUAACUCGUAAUACUCAAGCUGAGGCUGGCGCUGAGUUUCUCACGAUCGUACGAGCCAAGAACGUCCAAUUGAAGAAGCUCGUACUCACCGACUGGAUCUUCAUCUGUAAAUGGGGAAACAGAGGCAAACUGUUGUACGCUCUCGCGAGCUUUUUAGGCUGUCAGCACAAUUUGGAAACGCUAAGUUUGUUGAACGCGACCCUCGGAGUGAGCGACGUGUUGCGACUCCUCGCAAGUGCUUCCAAAGGCUCGACUGAGCACCUGGCUUAUUUAGAUCUUCGGGGUGCGUUUCGGGAAUGGCAGGCGCCCCACAGCAACCCAAGAUAUCUGCGUCUGCUGGGCCGAUUCCGCGCGUUGACGAUACUCAGGCUCGAUUAUCCAGCUCUGUCCGAUCAGACUCUAAACGCGUUGACCAACGCAGCGCCGAGAGUGUUGAAGACGUUGCACAUAUCCGUGAGAGAUUCGGAUUCCAGGCAUCACACGAUCACCGAUAUCGCCUGGCACAAUUUAGUGCUCGUCUGCCCCGAGCUCACGGUGUCCUACACUAUAGUUAACAUAUCGCAUUACGAAGAUAUGUGCUACUUCCUGCUGCCCAGCGUGCCAUUGGCUAGAUUUCAAAUGUUCAGCGGCCACGUGUGGGAUCAGAGUAGAUCUCGCAAUUUCAGAAGCACCGUCGGACUGCUCAUUACCCAUUACACCAACACGCUCGCUGAGGUGAUGCUACAACUCAGAAAUAAUCGUGAGAUGCUCGACGACUUGCUGAUCUCCAUGUUGAUGCGUUGUAAACAUCUAACGAGAUUACAGUACGACGGUAUAAUAAGAAGUCUCGAUACAUUGCGGGACAUCUGCCAGCUGCAAGCUGAAAGCAAGACUCGUUUUCGUACGAUCCACGUGAAGCCACGUAACGUUAACGCUCGGAAUCGUGCCAUACUGAACGACAUCAACUACCAUUACGAUCACAAGAUGAUGGAACAAGGAGUAGAUUUUCGUAUCGAAGAUCCAGCCUCGGUUUUGGUGUUCUAUUAAAACGUUGAUUUCUCAGCUGUCCCACUCGCGUCUCUGCUGUUAUUACAGCCAAAAAUAAAAUAAUUGUCCACUCUCCAUCUUGGUAUUUUUAUUUUGUACGUUUAUUUUGAGAAUCAUUGAGAAUCGUUGAGAAUCGUUUGUAGAGUACAGAGAAUUCCCUUUCCUAUGAAAUUUAUUUCUUAUCUGCAAUAUAGAGAGUUAAACAAUAAAUUUACAGCGUUGCGAAAUUGUUUUGUUUCUUUUUUUUUAUUAUUAUUAUUAUCGACAUGAAAUCG